UUUUUAUGAUAGCUUCAAAUUUUAAGUAUCAUUUAACAUAUUAUUCUCUAAAUUUCUCAUCCGUAUUCCAUAGCGCAUUGUUCGUAAUUCACCAUCAAGUAGAAGACUUGUUUGUCGUCAUUUCCACAGUCUAUACUUCAUAAGAAAUUGCGUUUAUUCUCUUGCAAAAGAAAUAAAGAUUUAGUCUAUACCCUGAUGUUACCUCAAGCAUAGUUUUCAAAAUACCAUGAAUCAAAAUUAUUGGAGAAUAUUUGCUAAACAAUUGUUCCUGCUUAUUUUUUCAUUUGCUUAUCUGUUCUACAAUCCAGUAACCAGUAAUGCUGUUAAACUCCACAGCCAAAAUGUUGACAUGACAUUGGCAUCCAAUGAGUUAGUUAUAAUAAAUUUCUAUGCCGAUUGGUGUCGAUUUAGUGGUAUUCUUACUCCAAUCUUUGACGAAGCUGCUGCAAAAGUUUCUGAACUUUAUCCAGACUCUGGUAAAGUUGUAUUGGGAAAAGUAGACUGUGAUAGUGAAACUUCCAUUGCAUCUAGAUUCCAAAUUACUAAAUAUCCUACUAUAAAAGUAUUAAUAAAUGGACAACCAGCUAAAAGAGAAUAUAGAGGUAAGCGAUCAGUUGAAGCUUUUAUAUCUUUUGUGCAAAAACAACUUGAAGAUCCCAUUCAAGAAGUAUCAAACUUAUUUACUGCGGCUGAUGUGAAGUCAAGAGUUAUAAUUGGAUACUUUGAAACCAAAGAAUCUCAAGAAUACCAAAUAUUUAGAAAAGUGGCAACAAAUCUUAAAGACGAUUGUAUUUUUUAUGCUGGAGUUGGUGAAGCAUUCCGUGCUAUGCAUCCACCCAAUGAAACAAUAAUAGAAUUCAGACCUGAUCGGGCAUCUCCUAAAUCUGAACAUCAUACUUUUACAGGAAAUUCAGCCGAUUAUGACUCAUUAAAUAUAUGGGCAACAGACAAUUGCUUACCAUUAGUACGUGAAAUAACGUUUGAGAAUGCUGAAGAAAUCACUGAAGAAGGAUUACCAUUUUUACUAUUUUUCUAUCAUCCUGAUGAUUUGGAAUCAAUUAAAUUGUUCAAAGAAAUUGUUGGCACUCAUUUAGUACAAGAGAAACAGCGGGUAAACUUUUUGACAGCUGACGGCAUCAAGUUUGCUCAUCCUUUACAGCACCUGGGAAAACGACAUACUGACUUGCCUGUAGUUGUUAUUGACAGUUUCAAACACAUGUAUCAAUUCCCAGCAAAAAGUGAUUACAGAAACCAUGAACAUCUGAAAAUAUUCAUUGAUGAUCUGUACUCUGGUAAAUUACACAGAGAGUAUCAUUUAGGCCCUCAAGAAAUUUCUGCUAUAGAAAUAGUUCAAGGUGAUAACCAACCUGCGGAACAGACUAUGCCACCCGAAUCUACUUUCAAGAAAUUAGCACCAUCUAAGAAUCGUUACACAUUAUUAAAAGAAGAAUUAUAGCUUAACAAUACUAUGUGGCAUAUCGAAUUAUAACUGCCCUACAUGGUUUUAACUAUUAAGUUAUUGAAUUUGUUUCCCAUGUGAAUCAUUUUAUUAUUAUUAUUUUUUUUUUUUUUUUUUUGUUCAUAUUUUAAAAUUUACCAUUUACAUUUUUACUAUUGUUUUUCCCUCCAAUUUUUUGUCCGUAUCUCAUACAGAUUGUUCCAAUUUGAUCAUAUUGUAAUAUUUUGAUUAUCAUCAUAAGGUGCUGGUAUCCAUUCAAAUUAUAUUAUUAUGUGUACAUAAUUUAUUAACUAUUUAAAUUAAAUGUCAUUCUAUUUUUAGGAUAAUAUCUGUUAUUUUGCCAUUUCAAUGCCUAUGCACAAAUAGAAAUUAAGAGAAUAAUAUUGUUAUACUAAAUUAGA